AUGAAGGAUUAUAGUGACUUAGCACAGGUAUUAGAUAACACUACGAAAUUCGCUAAGCGCAGGUACCGCGAACCUCGCCUCACUACAGGCGAUGACUUAGUACAUCAGGAGAAGAGGUAUCGGUCCAACCUGAAGAGAAAGCCAGUACAGCUAGCUAUCCUGAGAACAAUGGACUCGCUAAUGCUUCCCAUCCACGAAGAAGUGGAGGAAUGUGACGGUGGUCUUAUUGUGGCCUCGGUCAGAGGUAGCCCCAUUGAGGUAGGUGUCAACGAACGUUAA